CUAGCACACGUACUUUAUAUUCAGAUAAUGCCGAUCAUGAACCUACAACACCUCAAGUAAAAUAUAUUUCAACUAGUGAUGUGCAAGAAGCUUCCAUAAGGGCCAUUGCAUUUCACGAUAAAGUUGAUGGAUCUUUACUCGCGUCAAGUGGUGAGGAUAAGCUUUUGAAGGUGUGGGAUAUUAAAGAAUGGAAAUCAGUUCCGAAACGCGUCGUGUCCAUUGCGUUCAAUAACGAUGGGUCACAAAUUUUAACUGCAGACAAAUUUGGAGACGUUUAUAGGUAA